AUGGCCACAAAAACCCAUGGCUCAAAGAAACACCUGCAGCUGCUGUCUUUUCUGAUGGCUUUUGUAGGGCUGGCCUUCAGUGGGAACGUGUUGGUCUGGCCAACAGAAGCCAGCCACUGGCUAAACAUCAAGAUAGUUAUACAGGAGCUACUCCAUCGCGGCCAUGGCGUCACUAUCCUGGUCUCAAACGCUUCACUCUUCAUUAAACCCAGGGCUGAGGCUGCAGAGAAGUUUGAAGUCUAUACUGUGCCCUUCAAGAAAGACACAGUCAAGAACCUGAUUGAGGAUAUAGUAGCCCUGUGGCUGAACCACAGACCAACCGCUUUGACUUUCUGGCAGUUUUACAAGGAGCUGGGAAAACUCUCCGUAAACUGGAACCGGAUAAACAGGCAAAUGUGUGAUGCGGUGCUCACCAACCAAGAGCUGAUGGGCCGGCUUCAGGCGGCCAGCUACGACCUGCUGCUGUCGGACCCGGUGACUCUCUGUGGCGACCUCGUGGCUCUCAAACUGGCAGUGCCCUUCGUGUACUCGCUGCGCUUCACCCCUGCCUCGACAGUGGAGCGGCACUGUGGCAAGAUCCCAGCCCCGCCAUCCUACACGCCCGCAGCCCUCUCCGAGCUCACAGACCGCAUGUCCUUUGGUGAAAGAAUAAAAAAUAUAGUGUCUUAUCACUUGCAAGACUAUGUUUUCCAGAGCUACUGGGGAGAAUGGGAUACCUACUACAGCAAGGUCCUAGGAAGGCCCACGACCCUGUGUGAGACGAUGGGGAAAGCGGAGAUGUGGCUCAUUAGGACAUACUGGGAUUUUGAAUUCCCACGCCCUUUCGUGCCCAACUUCGAGUUUGUUGGAGGACUCCACUGCCAGCCUGCAAAGCCAUUACCAAAGGAAAUGGAAGAAUUUGUCCAGAGCUCGGGAGAACAUGGCAUCGUGGUGUUUUCCCUCGGAUCAAUGGUCCAUAACCUUACUGCUGAAAAAAGUAAUACAAUUGCUCGUGCCCUCAGCCAGAUUCCACAAAAGGUUCUCUGGCGGUAUAAAGGAAGAAAACCAGAAGCUCUGGGCCCCAACACCAGGAUUUAUGACUGGAUACCUCAAAAUGAUCUGCUUGGCCAUCCUUUGGCUAAGGCCUUCAUUACUCACGGUGGCACCAACGGCAUCUACGAAGCUAUCUACCAUGGGAUCCCCUUGGUCGGCAUGCCCAUGUUUGCUGACCAGCACGACAACAUUGCUCACAUGAGGGCAAAGGGAGCCGCCGUUGAGUUGGAUUUUGGCACGCUGAAGACACAGGAACUAGUUGAUGCACUGAAUACCGUCAUUAACAAUUCCACCUAUAAGGAAAAUGCUCUGAGGUUAUCCAGGAUUCAUCACGACCAGCCUAUGAAGCCUCUGGACAGAGCAGUCUUCUGGAUUGAAUUUGUCAUGCGCCACAAAGGAGCAAAGCACUUGAGACCAGCUUCUCACCAUCUCACCUGGUACCAGUACCACUGCCUGGAUGUUCUGGCCUUCUUGUUCAUCUGCGUGGCCAUCACCGUCUUCGUUCUUGUCAAAUGCUGCCUCUUCUGCUGCAGGAAGCGUGGCAGAGUAACAAAGAAGAAGAAAGAAUAAAUGUGUUCUUCCCCUCAGCAUUGUCACAGGUCGAUCCAGCAAAGCAUUUAUGCACACUCCUCACUGAAUUGCUUUAUUAGGAUACCUUCUAUGCUGGACAUACCAAAGUAUCACCUUUGGGAAGGGAUGGGCUAGGAAGCCGUUCCGCUGAAGAGCUGCUACCCUAGCCAGUUUGUAGAUUACAAUAAAUUCCCCCAGGCCCAAGUAAGGUUUAAUUAGAGGUGCUUGAUCACUUGGAACUGCAGGUUAUACAGGCUUCCCAGAAUGGUAAGUGCUGCUUUGAAUUUUCAAAUGAAUUGUGGUAGGCUUAAGAAAUACAACCUUCCUGGGUGUGCAGUUGGGAUCCCUGAAAUUGGGACUCAUCUCCUAGCUUUAACUCCUUCUUUUCUCUGUAUCAUCCACCCCUAAUGACCCCCAUCUGACUUUUUCUUUCCACAACCUCUAAAUAAAGAGGGAAAACAUCUCAAUUUAGUCUAUGUCUGUAAUGUUUGAGUUCAACUAGGUCCAGUAAGCAUACUGAAUUUGAUAGACUGAUCUCAUCCUACUACUGGGGGGCAAAUCUUGUGUAAGAAACCAUUUUCACCUGGAGGUCGAAUAUUCUGCAUAAAAUGCUGAUGUCUAUAGCUAUAUACACUAAAAAACAUAAAACUCAAACUACUCUCAGUUCACAGCACCAGAAUUAUCUGGGCAAUCCAGCAUUGCCAUUUACAAACACAGAACUAGAGCAUUCAAAAAGAGUGUGGUGGAGUUGGAAGUCUUUAAAUCACGUGUUAUAGUAAAGAAGAUCCUUAUUAAAAAAAUAUGAAGCAAUCCUGCUUGGCAGUGCUACACAGACAAGUUUUGGGAUCUAGGAACUUGCUGGAGAAACUCAACUUCCAGUUUUCCCUUCCAGUUCGGCCACUGCCCUUUACAUUCAAAUAUAUCCUAAUUAAGAGCAUUUGCAAGUGCUGCAGAAAAGACUAACAAAAAAAUGUGGGAGACCGUCUGAACCUUGCAGGGUGUGAACAGACCUUGCAGGAGAAGCUGUUCCUGGGAGAUAGAUAAGAUUACUGCUGAGGACAGUACCUUUCCACCUUUAGGAUCUUUUGAUUAAACUGAAGGGAUACGGCUUUAUAGAUCCUGCAGAUUGAUGACUAUACUGUAGAAACAGAAAAGCAUUUACAGUUCAGCAGUUUUCACAAAAUUCAAGCUUCUGGAUCAACAUCAUCAUUUCUGAAUACAAAUG